GUUCAGCUGUAGGAAGUGAAGUGCCUUGCGAUGAUCAACCUCGUUGUAAUCGGGCAGAAGAUGUCGGUCGCGGCUCGUCGUAUUCGCUUCCGCGUUACUCUCACCAACAAGGACGAGUCGAGCAUCCAGUAGGACGGUGGCGACGGCGAGGAGGGCGCCCUUCAGGCCCGUACUUGCGCUGACUGCGACUGCCAUACCGCAGCGUGGGAAUGCUCUGCUCCAGGAUCUGGUCACCCGCCAUAUUACCAGUCAUUCUCAUCCACCGGCCGUUCAUUUCAAUUCCCCAUCCCCUCCUUCCCCUCCCUCUCUUCCCGGUGUCAGCCAUGAGCGCAGCAAACUCGCCUGCGCCGUUCACCAACCCUCCAAAUUACGAGUUUCCCUCCCACCGGCUGCGCCGCACGCUCCGCAACCCCGACAAGCAGCCGCUUGUCCUCGUCGCGUGCGGCUCCUUCAGCCCCAUUACCUUCCUCCACCUCCGCAUGUUCGAGAUGGCCGUAGAUUAUGUGCGCCAGAACACCGAUUUCGAGGUCGUCGGCGGGUACCUGAGCCCCGUCAGCGACCAGUACAAGAAGCCCGGCCUGCUCAGCGCACACCACCGAGUCCGCAUGUGCACACUCGCCGCAGAGGACACCUCUUCCUGGCUGAUGGUCGAUCCGUGGGAGGCGUUCCAGGACUAUCAGCGCACCGCCGUCGUCCUCGACCACUUUGACUACGAGAUCAACACUCGCAUUGGCGGCGUGGAGACGCCGUCCGGCGAGCGCAAGCCCGUGCGCGUGAUGCUUCUCGCAGGCUCAGACCUCAUUGCGACGAUGGGCGAACCCGGCGUAUGGUCCGAAAAAGACCUUGAACACAUCCUCGGCAAGUACGGCGCGGUGAUCAUCGAACGGGCAGGCGCGGACAUGGACCAGGCGAUCGACAGCCUCUCGCGAUGGCGGAAUAAUAUCCAUCUCAUACACCAGCUCAUCCAGAAUGACGUCUCGUCGACCAAGAUUCGCCUCUUCCUCCGACGUGGCAUGUCGGUGCGUUACCUCCUCCCAGCAGCCGUCAUCGACUACAUCGAGACGCACGGCCUGUAUGUCGACGAGGGCUCGAGCCAGAGUGCAACGGGGAACGUGGUCGUACUAGACAGAGAGUGGGAGAAGGAGCGGGAGAAGGAGAAAGAGCGAGAGAAAGAGAAGGAGGCAGGGUCGAGCGAGAUGGUGAAGGAGAAGAGGCCAGUGCAGGCGGCCGUCGCAUGAGCAGACAUAUCCGCGUACUGAAAAGAAACGAGAGUGCGCAGCAGUUCAGCCGUCACACGGGGAAGUGUACGUUCACAG